AUGUCUUCUGGCUGCGAGGCCAGUUCUGCGCAUGCUGUGGGGCCGCAGCCGCCGGGCAGUGGGCGCCCGAGGGGCCGGGAGCCAGCGUCCCCGAGGCCGCGCUGGGGCCAUGAUCACUCAGUGAAGCUGCGCCCGGACAGCGCGGCCGACUUCUCCUCGCGCUCUGAGGACCUGUGUGCGCUGCAGGGCUUGGUGCCUCUGCCCGCCGUGCGCGCUUCCCUGCGGGAGGGCCUGCUGGAGUUAAUGCCGACCGCCUCCGUGGGAAAUAAAGUUUACAGAAGUCGUGUUCCUGCGAUAAGAAAUAAAGAUGUGACCUUCCAGUUGUGUAAAGCUCUUAAACGCUGUGUAAGUGCGUCGGGUGCGCUAAGGAACUUGGAGCUAAGUGGGCUAGUUGUGAGAGAGAGAGACUUAACUAUGUUAACAAAGUAUCAGACUACCAGAAGGCAUGAAGAAACCUGGGCUGAGAGUCUUCGUUCCAGGAGACCUGAUCUUGACUGUAUGGCUGGUUUGAGGCGCAACACUCUGAACUGCAACACGCUCAUUGGUGACCUGGGUGCAAGUGCGUUGGCAGAAUCUCUUAGUGAGGAUUUGUGGCUUAGAACACUUGACCUGCAGCAGUGUGGCCUCACCAGUGAAGGAGCAAAGGCUUUACUAAAGGCCCUUGAAACCAACAGAACUCUGCUCGUUCUGGAUAUAAGAAAAAACCCACUUGUGUACCAGUGGAUAACUUCUCCAUCGGUGAAGGAACCAUCCAAAGCUGCUAGACAGAAAAAGAGAGCUAUAAUUUUGGAAAGUGGUCAGAAAGGAAAAGCUACUAUUAGAAUUGAUGUCCAGUGGAGGCCCAGAAUAGAAGCAAGAUGA